GAGGGGCGCGCGCCCCCACCCGCGCGCGCACGCUUGCGCUAGCCAAGGCUUCCCCGCCUGCGCUCGUUGUCAGAGCCGCUCCGGCGCGUGCGCGCGUUAUCUCCGGCAGACCCGAGUAGCCAGGUUCCCUAAGCUCCAGGCCCCCGCCCCACAUCGCCCCCUCCCAGCCCCAGUCAACCCGUCCCCUUCCUCUCCUCGCGGAAUGGGGCCGGCGCUGCUCGGGGUCGCGCGCCCGGGACCCGGCUCGCGCUCGGUCUCGCGCUGUCAGCGACUGCCCCGCUCGCGCCGCCUCGCGCUCUCGCUCAGUCAGUGGCGCCGAAGGCUCCGUUAAGCGGCGGCGGCGGUUCCUGUUUCCGUUUCUUCGUCUCCCUUCAGUCGGGAGUAGCAUCCUCCACCCAGCCACCCCUCCCACUCCCCAACGGGGCAGCUGCAGCUGAGGGCUGUGGCGGCGGCGGUGGCGGCGGCAACUGGGGACGGCGGAGACCGCCUCUGCUCCCGCCUCGGGUUGCUGCUUUUGCUAAGAGAGUACCCAUGACCCUGAUGGUAUUUUCAUUCAAGAUAAAGUGUUCUAUUGCCUUUAUUGAUUAACUGAACGAAUUCAGUGAUAAUUUUAGUGACCCAGAUUCAAGCAAUAAUAUCUUCCUUUUGGAAAUACCAUGUGGUUUUGUACGCUUGUGUUCUAGUGGAAGGAAGAGUCCCACCUUAACUCUGACCACAUCUCCUGUCUCCAUCCCCACCAUGAGUAAUUCUUUGUUGUGGAUACAUUUCUUAGCAUGUAGAGUCCAUGAAGCACAAGACAGUAAAGCUUCUUACUCAUACCACCAGGAGGAUCUCCUUGAAAGAUUCGCUACAGGACUACCAGAGACACAAAUUCUCUGAAGCAUGAUGUGUUGAAACAACAAAAGGCUACUGCUUACGCACUAGCUACAAACAGACUUAAGAUGUUUCCAAUUCUUUGAGCUCCGGGAAGCCAGGGGAGUGAGUUGAAAAUCUGAAAAUGCGGCCAUGGACUGGUUCCUGGCGUUGGAUUAUGCUCAUUCUUUUUGCCUGGGGGACCUUGCUGUUUUAUAUAGGUGGUCACUUGGUACGAGAUAAUGACCACCCUGAUCACUCUAGCCGAGAACUGUCCAAGAUUCUGGCAAAGCUUGAACGCUUAAAACAGCAAAAUGAAGAUUUGAGGCGAAUGGCUGAAUCUCUCCGGAUACCAGAAGGCCCCAUUGAUCAGGGACCAGCCUCAGGAAGGGUUCGUGCUUUAGAAGAGCAGCUUUUGAAGGCCAAAGAACAGAUUGAAAAUUAUAAGAAACAAACUAGAAAUGGUCUGGGGAAAGAUCAUGAAAUCCUAAGGAGAAGGAUUGAAAAUGGAGCUAAAGAGCUCUGGUUUUUUCUACAAAGUGAAUUGAAGAAAUUAAAGAAUUUAGAAGGAAAUGAACUCCAAAGUCAUGCAGAUGAAUUUCUGUCAGAUUUGGGACAUCGUGAAAGGUCUAUAAUGACGGAUCUAUACUACCUCAGUCAAACAGAUGGAGCAGGUGAUUGGCGGGAAAAAGAGGCCAAAGAUCUGACAGAGCUGGUCCAACGGAGAAUAACAUAUCUUCAGAAUCCCAAGGACUGCAGCAAAGCCAAGAAGCUAGUAUGUAAUAUCAACAAAGGCUGUGGCUAUGGCUGUCAACUCCAUCAUGUGGUCUACUGCUUCAUGAUUGCAUAUGGCACUCAGCGAACACUCAUCUUGGAAUCUCAGAAUUGGCGCUAUGCUACUGGUGGAUGGGAAACUGUGUUUAGACCUGUGAGUGAGACCUGCACAGACAGAUCUGGCACCUCCACUGGACACUGGUCAGGUGAAGUAAAGGACAAAAAUGUUCAGGUGGUUGAGCUCCCCAUUGUAGACAGUCUUCAUCCUCGUCCACCAUAUUUGCCCCUGGCUGUACCAGAAGACCUUGCAGAUCGGCUUGUACGAGUCCAUGGUGAUCCUGCAGUGUGGUGGGUGUCCCAGUUUGUCAAAUACUUGAUCCGCCCACAACCUUGGCUGGAAAAGGAAAUAGAAGAGACUACUAAGAAGCUUGGCUUCAAACAUCCAGUUAUUGGAGUACACGUCAGACGUACAGACAAAGUAGGAACAGAAGCAGCCUUCCAUCCCAUUGAGGAAUACAUGGUACACGUUGAAGAACAUUUUCAGCUUCUCUCUCGCAGAAUGCAAGUGGAUAAACGAAGAGUAUAUUUGGCGACGGAUGACCCUUCUUUAUUAAAGGAGGCAAAAACAAAGUACCCCACUUACGAAUUUAUUAGUGAUAACUCUAUCUCUUGGUCAGCCGGACUACACAAUCGCUACACAGAAAAUUCGCUUCGGGGUGUGAUCCUGGAUAUACACUUUCUCUCCCAGGCAGACUUCCUAGUGUGUACUUUUUCAUCCCAGGUCUGUCGAGUCGCUUAUGAAAUCAUGCAAACACUUCAUCCUGAUGCUUCUGCAAACUUCCAUUCUUUGGAUGACAUCUACUAUUUUGGGGGCCAAAAUGCCCACAACCAGAUUGCCAUUUAUCCUCACCAACCUCGAACUGUAGAUGAAAUCCCCAUGGAACCUGGAGAUAUCAUUGGUGUGGCUGGAAAUCAUUGGGAUGGCUAUUCUAAAGGUGUCAACAGGAAACUGGGAAGGACGGGCCUAUAUCCCUCCUACAAAGUCCGAGAGAAGAUAGAAACGGUCAAGUACCCCACAUAUCCUGAGGCUGAGAAGUAAAGCUUAGAUGGAAGAGAAGGACAACUAAACUCAGUUAAAACCAUUUGAGCCAAACAGUAGACGAAGAAGGCCCUGACCUUACAACACAUGGUGAAAUGAGUAGACACCUUCAAGCACCAGGAGCAGUUGGGAACUGACAGAUGCUUCAUUGGUGGAAUUACUCUUUAACAAGGGCCACAAUGCCCUUCAACUCAUGCACAGUCCAAUAAUGUACUCACAUAUAACAUACAAACAGAUUGUUUUCUAUUUUGCCCCUUCUUUCAAGAUUAUGUCCCCAUGAGACAAACACUGCCACAUUGUGUAAUUUAAGUGACACAGACAUUUUGUGUGAGACUUCAAACAUGGUGCCUAUAUCUGAAAGACCUUUGUGACCUAAUGAGAAGACCCCGAAUAGCUCCCUACAUCAGGAGGUUGAUCCUUUGCCAGUGGUGCUAUUGUAACCACUGAAUUCACUCCAAUCAGCAGAUUCAGAAUGAGAAUGGAUGUUUUUGUCUGGAUUUUUUUUUUUUUUAAGUAAUUGCAUCAGUUCACCCACCUCACCAUUAAUAAGUGAAGGAUACAUCAGAAAAUAAAAUAUUCACACUCCAUUAGGAACUUUUGUAAAACAAUGCCAUGAACAGAUCUUUAGUACUCAAUGUUUCUGGACAUUCUCUUUGAUAACAAAAAAUAAAUUUUAAAAAGAGGAA